AUACUAGAUAGAGAAAGAGAGAGAGGAGAGGAAAAAGAAGAAAGAAACCAAACAACACCUACACAGAGAGAAGAAGAAAAACCAAGAAUUCACACACCCAUCUGUAUAAAGUUAAGAUCUUUGAUUUGUGGGGUUGUUGAAAAAUCUCAUUUCUGGUUGAUAAAUUCCGGUGAAUUAUGCUAGACCUCUUUUGGGGUUAGUUGAUUUAUCACCGGAAAAGAAAGAAAAGAAAAAACUAAUCUUUUUGGUGAUAUAAAUGGAUAGAAACAGAGAAGCAAGAAGAAGUGGUAUGGUAACAGCCACAUCUAAUGGUUUAUCAAGAAGAAGACAUAGGAGUAAUAAUAGUCUUAGAGAUUCCCCUGAUGAAGAAGGGGGUGUAGAGAUACAAGAAUCUAUAAGGUUAAGGGAAAGAGUGAAGAAAGAUAGAGAUCAUAGAGAAAGGGAUAGAGAUAGAGAUAGAGAUAGGAGAAGUAAAAGAAGGAGAGGUGGUGGUGAUAGGUUGUUACAUGGCGGUGGUGUUGAUGAUAGUUCAGAAGAAAGUGUAAAUGAUGAUGAAGAUGAUGAUGAUGAUGAGACAACAACAAACAACAACAACAAUAACAAUACCAAUACCAACGUUGUUGUUACAACAGCUAGUGGUAGUACGAGGUUAUUGCCACCAAAUCCGGUUGCUCCGGUUACGAUGGGUUCUUCUUCGAUAUCGAAUCAUCAUCAGCAUCAUCACAACCAUAGUAAUAAUCAUAAUAAUAAUCAUCAUUUACAGCCUAGGAAGAGUUUUCCACCUAGAGCAACAGCAGUAGCACCUGUAUGGAAACCUGGUGAUGAAAUGAUUGGUGUUUCUGUUCCAAGAAAAGCUCGUUCUGCAGCUACAAAGAGGUCACAUGAUUGGAUUUCUGGAAUUAGUGGUGGUGGUGGUAAUAGUGGUGUUGUUGCAGACCAAGUUUCAACAGUUUCACCUGUGAGACAGAAUAUUGCAGCAACAUCACCAUCGCCAGCAGCACCUUUGUCACCAUCUUCAUCUAAUAUUUCAGGCAGAAAGAAAAUUAAGCCUAGUGGACAAAAAAGGCCCCCUCUAAAGUCACCACCUAAAGCAUCUUCAUCAUCUAACCCUGAAGAGUUAGAGUUUGAGAUUGCUGAAGUUCUGUUUGGGUUGAAAAGUCAAUCACAAGGACCAAAUGAUACAACAAGAGAAGUUAAUAAUAACAGAUCUAGAGUUUCAUCUCCAGUUUCUAAUUCAAACUCAUCAGCUACUCCUUUAUCUGCUGUUGCUCCAAAGAGGAAAAGACCAAGACAAGUCUUGGAAAAUCCUGGUGGAUUUGGUGUAAGGAGCAGUCCUAAAGUGGAGCUGGAUCAAACAACAAUGAAAUUGGAGGUUUCUUCUCCUAAUUUGGAAAAGACCCCACAAUCUGAAGCUCAAAAUGGUGUUUCUUCAUAUGAUUUAAGUGCUUCUGUACAAAGUUUACCACCUGUAUCAGAUCCGGUACCAGAGCCUAUGAAGGUGGAAUCUGAGGCCAAGAGAAGGCCUGAGGAAAAAUCUGAAUUUAUGGAGAGUAAAGAAGAAGUGAGUUCACCAAAGAAGGAAUCUUCUACUGUUGGAAAAGAGAAUAUUAAUCGUGAGGAUGCUGUUGUGGCAAGUACCCAAGUUGUGGAAAGCCAGAGAGAGGAGAAGUUUCAGAUAGAUCUUAUGGCUCCUCCUCCACAGUUAAGAUCAUCACCUGAAAGGCAGGGUGAGAUGGAUUUUGGCUCAGCAGCUGUGGAUAAUAAAUCUAUAAUAGCAGAAAAUAUAGUUGAAAUGAAGCUUGCAGUGAAAGAGAAGGAUGAUGAGAGAAUUAACAAGGCUGAUAAAGAAGUGGUGGAGGAAAAGAAGACAAAAGCAGCUGUGGAAGAAAUUAAUUCUCAUAAGACAAGUGAGAGUAGUAGGGGUAGGAAUAUUAAUCUUGAUCUUGAUUUGGAAAAGCCAGAAAAGGAUAGUAGUGGUGUAAGUAGCAAAUUCCAACAGCACCAGAGUCAAAAGUUGCAGCAGCAGCAGCACCAACCACCACCACCACCACAAAAAGCUACUAAAGAAGAAUCAAUUCUUGAAAAAACUGGUCAAUCCAGCUCUUUACCUAUGCCAAUGUCUAUGGCUAGCUGGCCUGGUGGGCUUCCUCCCAUGGGAUACAUGGCGCCUUUACAAGGAGUUGUAGCUAUGGAUGCAAGCCAAGUUUCUUCUGCUCCAAUGCAGCCUUUGUUCUCUCAACCACGGCCGAAAAGAUGUGCAACACAUUGUUACAUUGCUAGGAAUAUAAAUUGCCUUCAGCAAUUUAUGAAGAUGCCUCCUUUCUGGCCACCUGCUGCUGCUGCUGGCACUGCACCAUUCUUUGGAGCCAAGACCAAUCUCAAUGUUAUGCCACCAGCAGAUCUCCAUGGAAACUUAGCUGGGAGGGGAGCAAGUGCUGGUCCAGAUAAGGGUCAGGGGCUUACCAUCUUCCCUACUAAUGGCGGUAAAGACAAAGUUCAACCUGCAAACAUUGCAGAUGCUGCUCAGAGAAAACAGCAGAUAUUGCUCCAACAAGCGUUGCCCCCUGUUGCUCCCAAUAAUCUACUGCAUGGGCCUGCUUUUAUCUUCCCUAUAAAUCAACAGCAGGCAGCUGCAGCUGCUGCUGCUGCUGCUCGACCUGGUCCCGCAAAGUCACCUAGCACAACGGGCCCUUCGGUCUCUUCUAACACAUCCAAUUCUGCUGCUGGAACUGCUCCAACGACUGCGGGUGGAGCUGCUACUGCAAUUAGCUUCAACUACCCAAAUAUGUCUCCUAAUGAAGCUCAGUACUUGGCGAUCUUGCAGAAUAAUGCAUAUGCUUUCCCGAUACCAGCCACUGUAGGACCACCUCCGAAUUAUAGAGGAACUCAUCCUCAGCCUAUGCCAUUGUUCAAUGGAUCUUUCUAUUCUUCCCAGAUGAUUCAUCCUUCCCAGGUUCAGCAACAACAGCAGCAGCAACUGCCACCAACGUCGCAGUCCCAACAAAUGCAACAAGGCCAACAACACCCAAGCAUGUCAAGUGGAUCCUUUUCAUCCCAGAAGCAUUUGCAAAACCAGCAGCAGCAGAGGUCCCAAGGCAAUGCAGUUAAUGGUGGGAGCGGUGGUGGUAAUUUGCAUAACUUUCCUGGAACGAAGAGUCAUCCAUCUCAAUCCCCAGCACAUUCACAGAAUCAGCAUAUGCCCCCACAGACGCGCCAUAUUGAAAACGAGGUGGGCAGUGAAGAUAGCCCAUCAACUGCAGAGAGGAAAAGGUCGCAUGGACCAAUUAAUGUGUACAAUCAGAAUUUUGCUAUGCCCAUGCAUCCCUCAAACUUUGGUUUGAUGACUCCUCCAGCUACCUUUGGUGUUGCAUCUUCUGCUGGUAGCGGCAAUAAUCAUCAAACUGAGAAGAAGCCACAGCAACAGCAGCUGCAACCAGGUCUAAAAACGAGUCUAGAAUCAGUGCCGCCUCAACCCUUUGCCAUGUCAUUUGCUUCAUUCAAUGGAGCCACUGCUGGAGGCAUUGACAUGUCCAUGGCACAGAAUCAUGCUAUUUUCCAGAGUCUCCCUGAAGCUACAAGGCAAAAUUUGCAGAUGGCCGCAGCAGCUGCUGCUCAGGCUGUGCAGCAGAAGAAGAGUUUCAGAGUAUCCGAGGACGGUAAAUCUGGAUCUAGUGACCAGUCGGGGGCUGAUGGUGAAAGAAAAGGUUUAUCAAUGAAGCCUUCAGGAAAUGCUGGUCAGUCUAUUGCAUUUUCAAGGUCCGAUAUGUCUGAUGCCGCUGGUUCUACUAUUGCAGCCAACAGUGUCAUUGAUAGCUCAUCAAGAUCCUUAAAUCUUCCAUCUGGUGCUUCAUGGAAUACUCGAGCUGCAAUGCCAAAUGCCAUGGGAGCUGUAAAUUUUCCUAAUGCACAACAGUUCCAAGCUCAAAUUCAGCAUCAGCAGCAGCAGCAACAUAUGAUUCAGCAGCAGCUUCAUAAGCAUCAGCAGCAACAGCAACAGCAGAUGGCUGUCGCUCCUCGGAGCAAGUCAUCAGCUUCCAGUAAUGGGAAUGUUUAUUCUGAUCACUUGACUUCAUCGGCUUCUGCUGCUGCAAAAUUUCCAAAUGCUAUGUCAGCUUUUCCGCAAAAUCUUGUACAGAGUGGUAACAACAGCAGUCAAGCUCAGUCGCCUCAGUGGAAGAGUUCUACCAGAACGUCGACAUCCCAAGCUCCACCAUCUUUAUCGUCAAAUUCUUCUCUGAAAAACCUUUCUCAGCAGCCGCAGCAGCAGGUUAGAUCCCAGCAAAGUCACACACAGAUAUCUUUUGGUGCGAAUCAGAAAUCCGCUCCUCCACAAGGACAACAGCCCCCUAACAAUAACCAGUCUCCCUCUUCCCCCAUGAUGGUUGGCUCUCCUACCACCUCUUCAAUCUCUAAAGGUGCCAGUGGAAGCCCUAGACAUACAACUUCUGCUUCGACAAGCAAUAAAACUGGUCAAAACUCAUUGUCGCAGCAGCAGGUUAAAUCCUCGUCGUCAGUUCCCAACCAGAAGUCAUCUCCAGCUGGUGGGAGGAAUGUGCCAUCAAUUCUUGGAAACCCUCAUAUAGCUUCAACUUCAGGUGGUGCAACGAAGUCUCAAAUGCAACAGCAGCAACAACAGCAGCAACAGCAACAUUUACCGAAGAGUAUGCAGCAGCAAGCACAACUGUUCUUCUCAAGUCCAUAUGUGCAACCUCAACCUCCGCAUUCUACUGGUACAAGUUCUACGGGUCAACCUGCUGGGGGAUAUUAUCUUCAGAGACGACGUCCUGAUCAGCCUGGCCAACAACCGGCUGGUUCAUCGGGUGCAUCGUCAUCAAAUGGGAUGUUGACUUUGUGUCCUGUUACUCUAGGCGGCGGCACCACUUCCGAUCCUGCAAAAGCAAUUGCAGCUGCAGCAGCUGCUAAUAAUAUGAAAGGUGGUGUGUUGCCCCCUCAGGGAAUCCUUCAUACUCCGCAAUAUACAACACAAACAUCUGGAAUUUUGCCUGCUGGUUUCUCGUAUGUUCACCCUGUUCCUGCUGUGGUUCAGGUGAAGCCAGCUGAACAGAAACAACCUGCGGGAAAUGACAAUUUGCAUGCGUGCUGGCAGCCUGAGAAGAAAUGAACAAUGUAUAACUUGAUGGGGCCAUCCAACAGGAGGCACAUCAAUGAAAAUCAGAAGUUGGAAUGAAGAAGAACCCGCAGUUUUGAAUGGGCACUAUGUGGGCUUUUGGACUGAUUCUCCACGGAUUUUGUACGGAAUGCAAGUCGAAGAACAUGUGGAUUUAUGUUGUACGACGCGUUCCCGUGGGGUAUGAUCUGACUGCUUACGGGGAGAUCACAAAUGACAGCGCUGCUCGACCAGUUGGUUUUGAUGAUCACAGGAUGGCUUUGCUGGAAAUUGAUCAGCUCUUUCCUGCAUGGGUGAUGGUGGUAGUAAGAUUCAGGAAAAAAAAAAAGAAAAGGUUUUUGGGUUCCUUUUUUACCCUUUUUUGGGGGUAGGGUGGGAGCAGGUCGGUGAUUAAGAACUAAGAACUAAGAAUAGUGAAGGUUGUAUUGCCUUCAGUUUUUUCAGUAGGAAUUCUGGUGCUUCAGUAAUUCAUUAUUCUUUUCCUUCUCCUCUUAAAGGUGUUUCUACUGGACAGUAGUAUCUUUUUGGACAUAUAUAAGUAAUGCAAGGUGUAUAUGUGUAUGUCUUGGCACAUAUAAAUGGAAUAGCCCUCAAGAUUUUCUUCUA